AUGGACCAAGCCGUCGAGGGCGGGCGAUUGCCUCUAGAAACAUGGUUUUGGGAAAUGCCCGUUUGCACACGCUGGUGGACAGCUGCCACAAUCAUCACGAGUGUCCUGGUGCAAUGCCGCGUGGUAUCUGCACUUCAGCUCUAUUAUAGCUUCAGAGCCGUCUUUUCAAAAUCACAGUAUUGGCGAUUAUUGACGACGUUUCUCUACUUCGGACCCCUCUCGGUCGAUCUGUUAUUCCAUGUAUAUUUCCAGCAACGAUACGCGCGCCUCCUCGAAGAGUCUGCUGGCCGUUCGACAGCACACUUCUCAUGGUUGUUAUUCUAUGCCAUGGGUAGCCUGAUCGCCUUAUCACCAAUCGUAUCCAUGCCCUUCUUAGGACAUCCUUUGUCGUCGACAUUGGUGUAUAUCUGGUCGCGGAGGAAUCCUGACGCCCAAUUAAGUUUUCUUGGCUUAUUAGUUUUCAGUGCCCCAUACCUACCCUGGGUUCUGAUGGGCUUUAGUCUCUUCAUGCACGGUACCAUUCCUCGCGACGAAAUGAUGGGCGUCGUUAUCGGCCAUAUCUGGUAUUUCUUCACUGACGUCUACCCGCCUCUGCACAACGGGCAUCGCCCGCUGGAUCCGCCAAACUGGUGGCGAAGAUUAUUUGAGGGGCCAAGACAGGAGACGACUGCCGAAGCGAUCGAUCCUGUAGAAGAAACUCAUUAA